CCAAAGCCCUUUUCCUCCCGUUUAUUUAUUUUCUGUUCCAACCAAUUUAAAGUCCCGUGACGAUCCAUAAGAGUGAAUCGAUAGCUUGGAUGUGCGUCUGCAUUCAUGUAGGGGAAUGCACACAAGGAGGAGGCAGCGGUGGUGGAGGAGAAAGAGGAGGGUGGAGUUCGCAGCUUGCCCUCCACCACCGGCGCACCUCCGCGUCAAAGCGCGCGUUCGCAGCCUGCCGAGCGGUACUGAGGCUGAUGUUAGCCUGCUUCAGCCGUCAACUUUCCUAGGUCUUUCUCCCACGGGCAGCACUUCGGAGGCUCGACAGUACCGGAUCUCAGAGCUCGAUUCCGGGCACCCUGGGCUGGCUCUCCCAGCAGCAUGGAGGGCGACGUGAUGGAUAAAGUGGAGUCCACGGCCACGACGGUGUGUGACUUGGACCCCAGCAGCGGGAGCAUCCCGGCAACCAAAGUAGAGAUCACCGUCUCGUGCAGAAAUCUCUUGGACAGAGACACCUUCUCUAAAUCCGACCCAUUGGUGGUGUUGUACACACAGGGUGUUGAGUGCAAACAGUGGCGAGAGUUUGGAAGAACGGAGGUCAUAGACAACACGUUGAACCCGGACUUUGUCAGGAAAUAUAUUCUGGACUACUUCUUUGAAGAGAAGCAGAACCUGCGCUUUGACGUGUUCGAUAUUGAUUCUAAAAGUCCUGAUCUGGCCAAGCAUGACUUCCUGGGACAGGUCCACUGCACACUGGGGGAGAUUGUGGGCUCUCCUGCGAGUCGCCUUGAGAAGUCUCUCACUGGAAUACCCGGGAAGAAAUGUGGGACCAUUAUCCUGUCUGCUGAGGAGUUGGGAAACUGCAGAGACUACGCCAGCAUGCAGUUUUGCGCCAACAAGCUGGACAAGAAAGACUUCUUUGGCAAGUCGGACCCCUUCAUGGUCUUCUACAGGAGCAAUGAGGAUGGCACAUUCACCAUUUGCCACAAGACUGAAGUGAUGAAGAACACACUGAACCCAGUGUGGCAGCCCUUCUCCAUUCCCGUGCGGGCGCUCUGCAAUGGAGACUAUGAUAGGACAAUCAAAGUGGAAGUAUAUGACUGGGACAGAGACGGAAGCCAUGACUUCAUUGGCGAAUUCACCAGCAGCUACAAAGAGUUAUGUCGGGGUCAGAGCCAAUUAAACGUCUAUGAGGUGGUGAAUGCCAAGAAGAAGCUCAAGAAAAAGCGAUACAUCAACUCCGGGACGGUGUCCUUGAUGUCAUUCAGUGUCGAGUCAGAGCACACGUUCUUGGACUACAUUAAAGGAGGAACACAGAUUCACUUCACGGUGGCCAUUGAUUUCACCGCAUCCAAUGGCAAUCCGUCUCAGUCCACUUCGCUCCACUACAUGAACCCUUACCAGAUGAACGCCUACGCCAUGGCCCUGAAGGCAGUGGGCGAGAUCAUCCAGGACUAUGACAGUGAUAAAAUGUUCCCUGCUUUGGGAUUUGGUGCUAAGCUGCCCCCUGAUGGGAGGGUCUCCCAUGAGUUCCCGUUGAAUGGCAACAUAGAGAACCCCUACUGCAACGGCAUGGAAGGGAUUCUGGAUGCAUACCAUCAAAGCCUUAAAACGGUGCAGCUGUAUGGACCCACCAACUUUUCUCCUGUUGUCAAUCAUGUGGCGAGAUAUGCGGCAGCAGUGCAGGACGGCUCCCAAUAUUUUGUGCUUCUCAUCAUCACGGACGGCGUCAUCUCAGACAUGGCUCAAACCAAGGAGGCCAUCGUGAACGCCGCCAAACUUCCCAUGUCAAUCAUCAUUGUCGGGGUUGGACAAGCAGAAUUUGACGCCAUGGUGGAGUUGGAUGGUGACGACGUCAGAAUUUCAUCACGUGGGAAAUUGGCAGAGAGAGACAUUGUACAGUUUGUCCCCUUCAGGGACUACAUGGACCGCACAGGCAACCACGUGUUGAGCAUGGCCCGGCUGGCCAAGGACGUCCUGGCUGAGAUCCCAGACCAGCUCAUAUCUUACAUGAAGAGCAGAGCCAUCAAGCCCAAUCCUGUCCCGCCGCCAUAUUCACCCUGCCAGCGCUCCCAAAGCAAUGCAGUGUGAAGCCCCUUACUCCACUUCGUAGGGAGAAGAAUGGCUUAGUAAUGAAAAUUCAAAUCAAGGAGCGAUGAGACUCCUUUCCGGAACAGCUUGCGAUGUUGAGACGCUCGCAAUGGAGCAUGUAUUGUUUGCUGUCCAAGUGGUGAGUGAAGUCACGGAUUCCGAGAAAACAUGGCGAGGAAUGGCGUUAGUAGAUUAUUAGAAUGUGCCAUCUUGUAUCAUGUUUGUGAUACUUUUUGCAAAUGAUCCGUAUAGAAAUUCCAAUGUAUUGUUGAUUUAUUCUCUUGGGGUGAGCUUUUAGACAGUAAGGCUUAAGUCUUUUUUCCCCCUCUAGUUUUCCAUCCUAUAUUUUAUGGCUUGUCUUAUUAUAAUAUUGAUCCCACUAAAAUAGCAUUUUCUAUUUUGAUAAGGACUGUAAUAUAUAUACAUAUGCAUAUAUAUUUAAAAAGCAUGUGAUGAAAAAAUAUACCGUACUGAGCAUUUUCUGAAUUUUUUUGCAGCAUUUUGAGUGCAAGUUGUUAUGAGCUGUUGACAUACAGAAUCUUAAUAUUAUUUCAAUAUUCUAAUAUUAGUAUUGAUUAUAUAAUAUUCUAAUAUUUUUAUCAGAACAAUGCACUACCCAAGUCAAAAGCACAAACGUUACGAUGUUGAUAAUAAGCUAAAUAUUCCUCUUCACCAAAAGGAUGAUUUCACCAUUCUUGGCAUUUUUUGAUUGCUCUUACACACAGAAACAAAUUCAAAUGCCAAUUAACUGACCUUUUGCAAAGCACAGUUUGCUCAAUCACAGCGCAGAAGGGACAGGGCAAAGGUUUCCAGGAAAUAUGACUGUCAAUAAUUUUUCUUUGGCAUUUUUUAAAGAGUCACAUAAACCAACAUUGAAAAAGUGAUGCCAGUCCCACAGUUCCAAUUGAUCUCACUCUCCAAAAAUAAUGACAUCAUUUACAUGUUUUAAGCAAACAAGUGUCUAAAAAGACACAUAUAUUGAUUAUUAUUUACCACAUUUAGCAGCUUACGCAGACGCUACAGCACAUUUUAUGUUAUUUCUCCAACAGCGAACAGUACAAUAGUACCUCAGACAGCGCGAGAAGCAAACAGCAAGUGUCUCAAAGACAUUCUGCGACCUUCAGGUCAUGUUAUGCCGCAAAAGUUGAAUUAAGGACAAAAUGCCCUAGACAAAAACUCAGCUGAAGUGGAGUGACGAAUUCAGUGACCUCUACAUUGGAGAGACAAGUAACCCAUACACUGAACAUGAAAGAGCAGCCUUCUCGGAUCCGGAGCGAGCGGUCUAUUUGCAUCUCAAAAAGAAGAGAAAUUCUUUUGAGGACGAGAAUGUACACAUGCAGGGUAGAUAGGGCUGUCUGGUUUGAAACAGGAAUAAAAAAAAAAAAGGUCAUCUUUGUGAAACUAAUCCAUUGAAAUCGAGGGGGGAAAGCAGUGGUGUUUCUCAUUCAGUGCCAUUGACAACAAUAGACGUCCAAUCCGUUGACUUGGAGAGCAAAUGAUCACUGCCAGCCAUUCAUCUAUCACCGUUAAUAGCAGCCAAUAAUUUACGACUAAGAAGAUUAUGCAAAUCACUAUGCAAUACAACCCUAUUUUUGAAAUUGCGUAACUAGGAGGAACUCCACAUUCAGUAUUCAGAGGUGGGUAGAGUAGCCAAAAAUUUUACUUAAGUAACUUCUGCGUUACUUCUAAAUAGUAUCACUCUAGAAAAAGUAGUCAUCCAAAAAUUUACUCAAGUACAAGUAAAAAAAGUAUUCAUUGAAAAAAAAUACUCAAGUAAUGAGAAACAUUCUGAGUAUCUGCUUACAAUGUCUGAUUUUUUAUUUUAAAAAAUUAAAUUAAAUAAAUAAAUAAAAAAUAAUGGUAUAUUUUUUUUCUCAGCACAACUUCGUCUUUAAGAACUGUUAUUAUAUUGUACUAUAACCUAUUACAUGACACUUUAAGGCCAGACAGAUGACACAAAAACCACCGAAUUCAGCCCAGAACAACACUAUGAAUCAUCACCAUUCCGAAGAGCAUGAGUGCCCUCCAGUGGGGAAAAAACGUUGUUACCUCUGAUUGGUAUUAAGGAGUAUUGUGGUUAUUGUUGUGAUGUCUCAUUGGUGAAACUAAGACAGCCACUGUCAGCAUUUCUGGCAAAAAUAAAGUCCAUCCAUCCAUCUAUCAUCUUCCGCUUGCACCGGGGUCCGGUCGCGGGGGCAGCAGCUUUAACAGGGAAGCCCAUACCUCCUCUCCCCAGCCACUUCAACCAGCUCCUCCGGCAGGAUCUCAAGGCGUUCCCAGGCCAGCCAAGAGACAUAGUCUCUCCAACGUGUCCUGGGUCGUCCCCAGGGCCUCCCGCCGGUGGGACAUGCCCGGAAAACCUCUCCGGGGAGGCGUCCAGGAGGCAUCUGAACCAGAUGCCCGAGCCACCUAAGCUGGCUCCUCUCAACGCGGAGGAGUAGCGGCUCAAUGUCGAGUCCCACCGGGAUGACCGAGCUUCUCACCUUAUCUCUAAGGGAGAGCCCGGACACCCUGCAGAGGAAACUAAUUUCGGCCGCUUGUAUCCAUGAUCUUGUUCUUUCGGUUACGACCCACAGCUCAUGACCCUAGGUGAGGGUAGUAACGUAGUUCGACUGGUAAAUCGAGAGCUUCACCCUUUGGCUCAGCUCCUUCUUCACCACUAAGUACCGGUGCAGCGUCCACACCACUGGAGACGCUGCACCAAUCCACCCGUCGAUCUCCUGCUCCCACCUACCCUCAAUCGUGAACAAGACCCCAAGAAACUUGAACUCCACCACUUGGAGCAGGAUCUCAUCCCCGACCCGGCGAGGGCACGCCACCCUUUUCUGACUGAGGACCAUGGUCUCGGACUUGGAGGGGCUGAUCUUCAUCCCAACCGCUUCACACUCGGCUGAGAGCAGCUCCAGUGAGAGUUGGAGGUCACGGCUUGAUGAAGCCAACAGCACCACAUCAUCUGCGAAAAGCAGAGAUUCAAUGCUGAGGUCACCAAACCGGACCCCCUCAAUGCUUCAGCCGCGCCUAGAAAUUCUGUCCAUAAAAAUUAUGAACAGAAUCGGUGACAAAGGGCAG